CUAGUUGCUGCUGAGAUGAUGGCAGGCUCGGGGAGUUUGGUUCUGCGGCCCUGGAUUCGAGAGCUGAUCCUGGGUUCAGAAACACUUUCCAGUCCACGGGCGGGUCAGCUGCUUAAGGUACUACGGGACUCGGAGACCCCGGGCCCAUCCUACGCCGCUGAGGCUUCUGACUCCGGAGCCAUGCUACUUGUGUCCGACGGGACCUACAGUGUCCGAUGCCUGGUGACUCGCGAGGCACUGGACACCACAGACUGGGAGGAGAAGGAGUUCGGAUUCCACGGGACUGAGGGCCGACUGCUGCUGCUGCAGGUCUGCGAGGUCCGCAUCCAGAUUGCUGAGGGCGGCGCGCCUUCAGAGUUCUACCUCCAGGUGGACCGCUUCAGCCUGCUGCCUACGGAGCAGCCCCGAGUACAAGUGAUUGGUUGCAACCAGGAUGCAGAUGUGCAGAAAAAGCUCUGUGACUGCCUUGAGUACUGGUCAAGCCCAGUGGCCCUAACUAACUUCUUGUGGAAUUAUCUCUCCUAUGCUUCCUCAGUAAGUAAUCCCCACACCCUACCUUUCUUUUCUUUGAGCCUCAAUCCAUUGUCUGGUCUCCUAUCCCCAGGCCUGACACUGUCCCAGCUUCUGGAUGAAGUGCAGGAGGACCAGGAACAUCGAGGGGCACUAGUGCGCCUGGCUGAGAGUUGCCUGGUGCUGGCGGGCUCUUGCACUGCAACUCCCCUCACCCACUGGGCUGCGUCCCACUGCAAGGCCACGGAAGAAGCCAUGUAUACUGUCCCCAGCUUAUUGCUGCACAUCUCUGAGAAUGACCAGCAAAUUCUGAGCUCUUUGAGCUCAAGUCAGAGGACGCAGGGAACCCCUGCCUUAUCCAGCCUUGUGACGUUGGAGGAGAGUGGUGCCAGCAUCAGCCUUCUGUCUGCCCUGCCCUUGGCUGCUCCAGACCUAGUACAGGGGGGCAGCUCCCAACCCCCACCAGCCAUCUGCUCAGCCCCUGAACCUCUGUCCCCCAAAUCUCCAGACCCUAAUCAUACACCCAACUUCCCCCUCCUGAGCUGCACCCCUACUCUCUCACCCCUCAGCCAUGCCCCCAAGGGACACCAGGCUAACGUGACCAGAGCCCAGAAGCUUAAGCUAGAGUUCAGGGAGCUAGGAUUGCUUUCCAAAAGCGGGCAGCCAAGGACCAGAGCCAAGGGAGCACAGGAGUCCUGCCCUGUGUGGGAUCCCCCAAAGAGGCAUCGUGAUGGUUCUGCCUUCCAGUAUGUGUAUGAGCCACCCUGCACCUCCCUCUGUGCUCAGGUUCAAGCUGCCAGGCUCCCUCCUCAGCUUGUGGCCUGGGCCUUGCACUUUCUGAUGGAGCCACAGCCAGAAUCUGAGCUAACUCAGGUGUGAGGGCUCAUGGGGGCACAUCAGAGGAUGUACACACAGGUCCAAGCCCAGACAUGGACAAACAGUGCUCCCUCCACACUCUGUUUCCUUCAAGUUUUUUAAUAAAAUAAUCUCAUG